AUGUCGCUGGCCAUGCUGUCCAUGCCACCAGCUGUGCCCAGUGCCCCACUGGAACUCAGCUCGAGAUGCAGAGGGCAGGGGGGUGCAGCAGGGGGGUGCAGCAGGGAACCCUCCCCACAUUGCAUCCCUAUCCCUAACCCUAUCCCUCUGCCCCCAGCCUGCAUUUUCCGCUUCAAUGUCUUCUCCCUGGUGUACCUGCUCUUUCUGCUGAUCCUACCCUGGUUCUCAGGACCCAAACGGGGCUCUGCCACAGGUCAUGCUGGAUGCAUCCUCAAAUGUCUGCUGGCAACCAGCAGCCUCUUCAUCCUUGCCCACUUGGUUUUCCAGAUAGGCCUGUACACAAUUCCUGCUUGGAAUUGGCUGCGGGAGCCCAACUGCAGCUCCUGGGAGGUCCUUUUUGAGCACAUUGGGGUUACAAGGCUGUAUUCGAGCGACAUUCCCAACGUGGUGCGUCUUGUGGCACCUGAUGUUGGCAUCCUGCUGAUCUCAAUCAUCUCCUUGUGCCUGUGCCGCCUCAUGCCCAAGACCUACCCUGCCUCCUACAGCCAGAGACUGGAGUUCCUGGGCUUCCCUGAGCUGAGGGAAGUGAAUACGAGUCGGCACAGAUGCGCGGCUCACGCAGCCCGGCCGCUGGGCAAACGGCUGUUGCGUAAGGCUCACUGGCUGCUCUGGGAGGCCGGGAAGGUACUGGCCAACCUGCUGCUGGCCUUGGCAGGGAUCACCCUGCCCUCCGCCUCCUCCAGCAUCUACUACCUGUUCUUCUUGGGGCUAUGCCUGUGGUGGGCCUGUCACCUCCCCACCAGCCGCCAGGCCUUCAACAUCCUCUACGUCCUUGUCGGGGUCUACAGCUCCAGCCACCUCCUCUGCCUCUAUGUCUACCAGACACCCUUUGUCCAGAGCAUCUUCCCGCCUUCCACCAUCUGGGCGCGACUGUUUGGCUUCAAGGACAUCAUCCUUUACCACAACUGCUCCCAGACCAACACCCUGGAGCUCAACACCAGCCACCCCUGGCCUGUCUACGCCAACCCCGGCAUCCUGCUCCUGCUCUGCUACGCUGCGGCCACCGUGGUGAAGCUGCGCCGGCGGUACUCCUCGAGAGCCAUGUCGUUGCCAGAGCUGCCGGCCAGGGUGCAGAUGGAGCUGGGGAACUGGCCCAGGGACACUGGCAGCAUGGCUGAGGACACUGACAGCGUGGCUGAGGACACUGGUGGCAUUGCUGAGCUCACUGGUGGCACGGCUGAGGACACGGGUGGUGUUGCUGGGGACACCAGCGGCAUGGCUGAGGUCACCGAGCCCAUGUUGCCCUCUGGCUCUGAGGGGCCGAACGUUGACACUGAGAACUGCACAGUCCACGUCAUGAACUCCCAACAAUGCACGAAGCGUACAGUGGAGUGGCUGCCCCUGCGCAUCCUGACCUUUUUCAUCAUGAGACAGAGCUACAUCUGUGCCCUCAUCUCCAUGCUGGUGUGGAGCAUCACCUACCACAGCUGGCUGACCUUUGUGCUGCUGCUGUGGUCAUGCCUCAUCUGGACGGUGCGGGACCGCCGGAACUUUGCCAUGCUCUGCUCGCCCUUCAUUCUCCUCUACGGCAUUGCUCUGUGCAGCCUGAACUACGUGUGGUCCAUGGACCUGGUCCAUGAGCUGCCCACCUAUGCUGGCUUCAUGAGUCUUCAUCAGCUGGGGCUGAUGCACCACAGACAUCCCUUCUUUGUCCUGGGGGCUAAGCUCCUGCUCAUCCUCCCCUUCUGGCCACUGCUGCGGCAGUUCAUUGAGGAGAAGGUGCUAAAGAGGCCCUUGACCACCAAGGUCCCGAAGAUGUCCCUCUCAGAGUCAGAAGUCAACCAUGCACGGAACAUGCUGCAGACGCUGGGGUCUGUGCUGCUGAAUUUCUUUGCCAAGUUCUGGAUCUGUGUCUGUGGCGGCAUGUUCAUUGUAGUGAGCUUCAUCGGCCGCCUUGUCGUCUACAAGAUUGUCUACAUGCUCCUCUUCCUCCUCUGCCUCAUCCUCUUCCAGGUGUACUACAGCCUGUGGCGCAAGGUGCUGAAGGGCUUCUGGUGGCUGGUGGUGGCAUACACCAUGCUGGUGCUCAUCGCCAGCUACACCUAUCAGUUUGAGGACUUCCCCAUGUACUGGAGGAACCUGACAGGCCUCACUGAUAACCAGCUGAAGGACAUGGGCUUGGAGCAGUUCAGUGUCUCCGAGCUCUUCUACAACAUCCUCAUCCUGGGCUUCUUCCUCCUGGCCUGCAUCCUCCAGCUCCAUUACUUCCACGGGCCCUUCAUGUACAUCACCGACCUGCAGCAUGCUCACAAGCCCAGUGUGUCAAUCUUCUCCAUCCCUGGGCUGACGAAGGCACGGGCUGCGGCUGAUUCCGAGGGUGCCAGGACCAGCAUCUCCAGGGAGUCACUGGCAACCAACAAAUGGAAGCUGGUUCUGGAGCGCCUGGCCGUGCUGGGCCAGACCUUCUCGAACAUGCUGACUCGCGUGGAGGUCUUUGUGAGGCGUCUGCUGGAGCUGCACAUCCUCAAGCUGGUGGCUCUUUACACCGUCUGGGUGGCCCUGGAGGAGGUCUCGGUGAUGAACUUCCUGCUGGUGCUGCUGUGGACCCUCGCCAUGCCCUACUGCCGCUUCCGCCGCAUGGCCUCGUGCCUCUCCACCGUCUGGACCUGCGUCAUCAUCGUCUGCAAGAUGCUCUACCAGCUUGAGAUCGUUGAGCCCCGCGAGUACUCCAGCAACUGCACUCAGCCCCUGCUCAAUGCCACCAACCUGAGUCGGGAGGAGAUGAGCAACUCCACACUGUACCGUGGCCCCGUGGAUCCUGCCAACUGGUUUGGUGUCCGGAAGGGGUUCCCCCACCUCGGAUAUGUCAAGAACCACCUCCAGGUGCUGCUGCUGCUGGUGUUCGAGGCAGUGGUGUACCGGCGCCAGCAGUACCACCGUGUGCAGCACCAUGAGACGAUUCCCAUCACUGAGACCAUCUUCCCGGAGCCAAAUGAGAACAAGGACACGGACACGAACACGGGCAGGGACACGGACACAGGCGGGGACACAGAUAGGGACACGGACAUGGGCAGGGACAUGGACAGGGACACUGACAUGGACAGGGACAUGGACAUGGACACAGACAGGGACACGGGCAGGGACACGGACAGGGAGAAGGACACAGGCAGGAACACCAACACGGACAAGAAAUUAGACCGCGACCGGAACCUCGUCUCAUGUGCCAAAUACUUAGUCAACUACUUCUACUACAAGUUUGGCUUGGAGAUCUGCUUCCUGAUGAUGGUGACCGUAAUCGGGCAGCGGAUGAACUUCCUGGUGAUCCUGCACGGCUGUUGGCUUGUGGUCAUGAUGACACUGCGGCGCCGGGCAGCCAUCGCCCGCCUCUGGCCCAAGUACUGCCUCUUCCUCGUCAUCUUCUUCCUCUACCAGUACCUGCUGUGCGUGGGCAUGCCACCCGCCCUCUGCAGGGACUAUCCAUGGCGAUGGAAUGUCCCCAUGAACUCGGCGCUCAUCAAGUGGCUCUACCUGCCUGACUUCGUCAUGCCCCCCAAAGCCACCAAUCUCAUCAACGACUUCUUGCUGCUGCUGUGCGCGGCGCAGCAGUGGCGCGUGUUCGAGGCCGAGCGCUCUAAGGCUUGGCAGGAUGCAGCAGGCGACAACGAGGAGCGGUUCGACCACGAGAAGGACCCCUACAACCCCCAGGAGAACUUUCUCCUCUGCCGGUGCUACCUGGACAUGGUGAAGGUGGUGAUCUUUCGCCAUCUCUUCUGGUUCGUGCUGGUGGUGAUCUUCAUCACCGGGUCCAACCGCAUCAGCCUCUUUGGCCUCGGCUACCUGCUGGCCUGCUUCUACCUCCUCCUCUUUGGCACGGCCAUGCUGUGCAAGCCGACCCGACCCCGCCUGGUGGUCUGGGACUGCCUCAUCCUCUACAACAUCACAGUCAUCAUCUCCAAAAACAUGCUGUCGCUCCUCUCCUGCGUCUUUGUGCAUCAGAUGCAGAACAACUUCUGCUGGGUGAUCCAGCUCUUCAGCCUCGUCUGCACCGUCACGGGCUACUAUGACCCCAAGGAGAUGGGCAAGGACCUUGACUGCUCACUGCCCGUGGAGGAGGCAGGAAUCAUCUUGGAUAGCAUCUGCUUCUUCUUCCUACUGGUCCAGCGGCGUAUUUUCCUCAGCAGCUACUACGUGCACAUCCUGUGGGACCUCAGGGCCUCUACCCUGCAGCCUUCCAGGGGUGUUGUGCUGUUCCAGGCCAGCAUCGCAAAGAACCUGCACGCCCACCGAAGAGCCGAGAGGAAGUCGCUGGCCCAGCUGAAGCGGCAGAUGGAGCGGAUCCGAGCCAAGCAGGACAAGUACCGGCAGGAGCAGCUGUCCCGUAGCAUCACUGAGGAACAGGAUGAGGCUGGGACAGCACCCCGUGCCCCGGCGGACCCGUUCUGGCAGAGGGAGCGGUGGUGGCGGCCAGGGUUAGACCACGCCGGAGUGCUGCAUUCUGGGGAAUACUACCUCUUUGAGUCGGACAGCGAGGAGGAGGAGGAGGAGGUGCCAGAGGAGUUGCAGUCGGGGAGGCAGGGCCCCUUCCAGCUCAUCCACCAGGCCAUGACAACCAACACCAAGACAGUGCUCCGGCAGCAGGAACGGCGAGAGCAACCCCGUGCUGAGAGUGCUGCAGGAGACCGUGGAAGGAGAGAGGCAGAGUUGGAAGCUGAAGAGCCUGAGCAUGAGGAGGAAGUGACUGUGACAGGUUCUGGUCUGUCUGCAGAGCAGAGCAAUGUGUUGCAUCGGGCACUGAACAUGCUGCGGUUCCUGUGGCUGCUGUGCCAGGCCGUGGUGGACGGGCUGACGCAGUGGAUGGAGGACUGCACCCGGGAAUACCUGGACAUGUUCAAUAUCCUAUAUGUGGAGAGAUAUAGGAUUGCUGUGCGGCUGGCCUCUGGACAGAAGAUGAACGAGGAGAUCCUGGAUGAAAUGUACAUGGAGCAGCCACUGGAGCAGAUGCCAGAGCAGACGCCGGAGCAGACGCCAGAGCAGCCGCCUGAGGGGCCCCCAGAGGGGCCCCCAGAGGAGCUGAGCCCACACAGGUCUUUGACUACAGACUCCCAAAACGGCGCUGCUGCCAGGCAGGCGCAGAGAGACUCCCCAAGGGAGCAGUUGGCAGUGCCGCAGACAGCGGGGCUCGCACCCCCUGAGGGCAGCCAGGAGCAGGUGAUGUCUGAGGGGUCCCAAGAGGAUGUGGCUGGGUCUCGGCAGCGCCUGUCCGUGCUCCUGAACCGCAGGAGGACGGCCGGUGAGCUCCUCCUGAUCAGGAAGCCAAUCACUCCACCAUUGAAGGAGGCAGAGCUUUUCUAUCAGUCCCACAACCGGUUCCUGAAGCUGCUCCUGGCUGGGUACCACUGUGUGACCGCCCACUCUGAGCUGGUCUGCUACUUCAUCAUCAUCCUCAACAACAUAGUGUCCGCCUCCAUCAUCUCCCUCUUUCUGCCCAUCCUCAUCUUCCUCUGGGCCAUGCUCUCCAUCCCCCGGCCCACCAAGCGCUUCUGGAUGACUGCCAUCAUCUUCACUGAGGUGAUGCUGCUGGUGAAAUACCUCUUCCAGUUCGGGUUCUUCCCCUGGAACAGCUACACCAUACUGCUGCGCAAUGAGGGCAAGCCCUUCUUCCCACCACGCAUCCUGGGCUUGGAGAAGAGCACCCGCUACCUCAAGUAUGACCUCUUCCAGCUCCUGGCCCUCUUUUUCCAUCGCUCCCUGCUGCAGGGCUAUGGGUUGUGGGACUAUGAUGAGGACUCCUUAUCCAAGAUGAAGAUGGAGGCGAAGUGGGCAGAGGAAGAGGAGAAGUGGGAGGAAGCAGCGCCCCCAUCGCUGAUGGUGUCUGAGGAAGGGAUGGAGGCUUCAGAAGAGCCAGGAGCACCAGACUCAAACAUGAGAUCGGAGUCGGAGGGUGAUGCCAUGGAGCAGGAAGAGGGGAGUGAGGCCAUGGAGCUCCGCUGCAGGAAGAAGACGGCUCAGGGGAGGAAUACACCAGAGAGAGGGAGCACCAGUUCCCUGCUCUCACAAGGGUGGCAAGGCUGGCACCGCCACAGUAGGGCCCUGCUGGACCCUAACUGUUCUGUGUGCUUAGCCUCACUUCCAGGGGUUGGGGAGAAGACGGGAGAGGCAGAAGAGAGCCAUGCUCAGAGGAAGCUGAACGCAUUUGGAUUGUGGGUCAAGUGCUUCUUCCUCACCACAGCACAGAGCAUGUACCAGCCGGUGCGCAAAUUCUUCAAGGACAUUCUGCACACCGAGAACCGCGCGGCCACCGAUGUCUACGCCUUCAUGUUCCUGGUCGACGUGGUCGACUUCAUCAUCAUCGUCUUUGGCUUCUGGGCCUUCGGGAAACACACGGCGGCCACCGACAUCACCUCCUCGCUGUCAGAAAACCAAGUGCCGCAGGCUUUCCUGGUCAUGCUGCUCUUCCAGUUCACCACCAUGAUCAUCGACCGCGCGCUCUACCUCCGCAAAACUGUGCUGGGCAAGCUCAUAUUCCAGGUCGUCCUGGUCUUUGGCAUCCACGUCUGGAUGUUCUUUAUUGUGCCAGCGGUCACUGAAAGGUUGUUCAACCUCAACAUGGUGGCCCAGCUAUGGUACUUCGUGAAGUGCAUCUACUUUGCGCUGUCGGCCUACCAGAUCCGCUGCGGUUACCCCACCCGCAUCCUGGGCAACUUCCUUACCAAGAAAUACAACUACCUCAACCUCUUCCUCUUCCAGGGAUUUCGCCUUGUGCCCUUCCUGGUGGAGCUGCGCGCUGUGAUGGACUGGGUCUGGACGGACACCACGCUGUCUCUCUCCAACUGGAUGUGUGUGGAGGACAUCUAUGCCAACAUCUUCAUCAUCAAGUGCAGCCGUGAGACUGAGAAGAAAUACCCCCAGCCCAAGGGGCAGAAGAAGAAGAAGGUUGUGAAGUAUGGCAUGGGGGGCCUCAUCAUCCUCUUCCUCGUGUGCAUCAUCUGGUUCCCCCUGCUCUUCAUGUCGCUGGUGCGCUCCGUGGUGGGCAUUGUCAACCACCCCAUUGACGUCACUGUCACCCUCCAGCUGGGGGGGUAUGAGCCACUGUUCACCAUGAGCGCCCAGCAGCAAUCCAUUAAGCCCUUCACCCCCGAUGACUACGAAGACCUCACCCGGCAUUUCGACCAUGACCCGGUGGCUAUGCAGUUCAUCACCCUCUACGGCUACGAGGACAUCGUGACCGUCCACAUCGAGGGCAGCUCGGGCUCACUCUGGAGCGUCAGCCCCCCCAGCCGCGAGCAGAUGCGGCAGGAGCUGCUGAAUAGCUCCUCCGACAUCACCGUCCGCUUCUCCUGGUCCUUCCAGAGGGAUCUGGGCAAGGGGGGCACGGUGGAGACCGCCUUUGACAAGCACAGCACCGACCUGGUGCCCGGUGCACCCGAGCGCCUGCAGCUGGCCCAGCUGCUGGAGGGCACCCGGGAUGCCCCCGUCGAAGUGGCCAACCUAUUCCCCAAAUACGUCCGGGCGCCCAACGAUGUUGACGCCGAACCUGUCGAGCAGCUCCUGCCAGAUGGCCACGACAGCUACCUGGAUGUGGAGGUGCAGCUGAAACGGGAGCGCAGGGGCCGAGGGAGCGACAACUUUGUGGAGUGGUGGGUGCUGCGGCUAAAAGACGCCCCCCCCGAGGAUGGCAACAUCCUGCCCAUGAUCAUCUUCAACGACAAAGUCAGCCCCCCGAGCCUGGGCUUCCUGGCUGGCUAUGGGGUCAUGGGGCUGUACGUGUCCAUCGUGCUGGUGAUCGGGAAGUUCGUGCGGGGGUUCUUCAGUGAGAUCUCUCACUCCAUCAUGUUCGAGGAGCUGCCGUGUGUGGAUCGGAUCCUGAAGCUGUGCCAGGAUAUUUUCCUGGUGCGGGAGACGGGCGAGCUGGAGCUGGAGGAAGAGCUCUACGCCAAGCUCAUCUUCCUCUACCGCUCGCCCGAGACCAUGAUCAAGUGGACACGGGAGAAGUAAUAAGGGGAAGGGGCUCCAGCCCCCCCCCUCACAGGGGCAUCACCGCCAAUGCCUUAACCAGCCCCUCCAAAGCUGGGGCCGCAUCCUGCCCCAGGAGGCGGUGGGAUGUGGGGUUCUGGCCGCUCGCUUUGAGGGAGCAUGUUUUUCUGGAUGUUUUUCUUACGUUGUUUUGAAGCUGUUCCACCUGCACAGACCACGUUGUGCCUUCCCAGGGAGGGGGAUAGCAGGUGGUCCCCCCACCCCCUGGGUGCCCCUGGCUGCCAGGGGGGGAUGGGGAAGUCAGGAGCCAGCCUGUACCCUCUCCCUUGUUGUCCCCAACCCUGUUCCAGAACCAGGUUGAACUCAAAAGCAAUAGCCCCCCCAUCUCCAGGAUGGGGGUCCUGAGUUAUGGCCCCUCCAGGGGGGAGGGGUUCUGGCAACCCCAGUUGGACUUUAGACACUUGUUGACUUCGAGUUUGUUUUUGUUUUUUAUUAAUUCAAAUGGUUUAUUUAUAUAGAUAUUGAAUAAAA